AUGGCAGCAGUGGCGUUGUCAGUCGCAAAGAUGCGUCGAUUCUGUAAGCUGUGGGUGGUGGUGGUUCCAAUUGGACUUCCACCAGUGCCUUUCAAAGCAACGUGGCGUCCAAGCGACGUCAAAUCGAAGCACGUGCCCCAUCUUCCGAGCCUUUCAGACAUAAACGGUGCGAAUUCCCUUCCCACGUCGCAAUCCGUCGAUGCCCAUUGCCUACCGAACCGCCGUCUGAUUUUCACUUCCGGCGUUUCACCCGCCGCAAGAGACCGCGCGGAUCUUCCACAAGCGAGUGACACAAAACGCACGGCUCUCAGUAGUCCGUCCGUCCGUCCCGUGCAAACAAACGCCAACACCUGA